CUUAACUGGUUCGGAUAAAUUUUUCAGUCAUAAAGCUGAAAAGACCGUGUAAAUUGGUUGCCGUGAUUUUCAUUAGGCGAUUGUUGAUAAUAAUGGCAGGCAUAUGGCAGAUUGACACAGAUUGUGGCAGAUCCUGCGUUUUGGUUUGAUGGCUGUGAGAUGACAUUAAUAAGUAGAAACUAGUUGGUUAUAUGAACAGAAUUUUAUUCACAUGGAUAGCAGUAAAAGUGGGAAAGCUGAAGGGACUCGCGUAGAGGUGAAGGAAGCUCACAAACUCUUGCAAACACUGCUGAAACCUGGUUUACCGACCAGAAAAAAAGCAAGAUUUUUUGAAUACAGCAGAAGUUCCAAGACUGGAGAAAGAAUACUCGAGGAGCACGUAAUAACAAAACGCAGGUACAAAAAGAAAACAAAGCCGAGAAAUAGAACUGCAGAAACAUACUCAUCAAAACAGAGAGUUAUUUGCUCUAGGUGUUAUACAUACAUAGGCAGUACUGUGCCAGUACUCCUAUAUAUUUUGGAUAAAAAAAGAGAAAAUUAUGAAAUGGAAAAUGAUAGCUAUGCAUUCAUAUUAUAUCUUUGUUUUCUUUUUAGAUAAUGUCACGCCUGAAAGUAGUAUUGCAACAAAUGAAAUUGUCAAUAAUACUGAAAAUAUAUAUGGUACUGAAAUCAGCAAUGAAAUUCCUAAUAGAAGGGAAGAUGUGUUCACCAGGAGCACUGAGUUGUUAAGGACUAUGAUUCGGCCAGUUGGUAGGAAAAAAUAAAAAAAUAAAUCUUGGUUUGACCGAACAAAAUCUAAUAAAGAUAAGUGGCGAAGAAAUAGACCUUUAAUUUGGGAAAUUAUGUUGGCAGUAGAAGAACUUACUGGGUUUUGUUCUGUAUGCAAUGACAGAGGUGCAGUCAUUAGAUGUGAUGAUUGCUGUAACAGUGCUCUUUUUGGAUGGAAUUCAACAACGUAUAACUCCGUUGGAAGCAAUAAAUGAUAACAUGGACAUUAAACCAACAGGCAUGUGUACAG